AUGGCUCUCGACGACAUACCCGUAGCGCAAGCUGUCACCGUCAGCCUGCAAGAGCUAAUCGAUGGCACAAUAUCCCCCCAAACCCUAACGGCAGCCUUCGGCCCCUUCUCCCUGGGCAUAAUCCUUGUCAAAGAUCUCCCCCCAACCUUCUCCCACCUGCGCGCCCAAGUCCUCUCCAACGCCUCCUACCUCGCCUCUCUGCCCCCCAGCGCCCUCGACUCCCUAACUUGCCCCUCCGCAAAAUACCUCAUCGGCUGGUCCCUGGGCAAAGAAACCCUCCGCGACGGCCACUACGACACGCACAAGGGCUCCUACUACCUCAACUGCGCCUUCUACAAAGACCCUUCCCUGCAGGGCGCCCCCUCCAUCGACACAGAGUUCCCCGAGUACACUUCCCCGAAUAUCUGGCCUAGCGAGACGGAUCUCCCGACCUUUCGGAGCAGCUUUGAGCAGCUGUGUACAUUGAUCAUUGAUACGGCGGCGUUGGUGGCCAGAGCGUGUGAUCGCUUCGCGGUGGAGAGUGUGGAUGGGUAUAAGGAUGGGUAUUUGGAGAAAGUGGUGAGGGGGAGUUUUACGACGAAGGCGAGGUUGUUGCAUUAUUUUCCUACUGAAGAUUCCUCCUCCUCUACAGAAUCUACUGGGGGGGAAGAAGGGGCUGAGGAUAAUGAUGAUGACUGGUGCGCCACACACCUCGACCACGGAUGUCUGACGGGUCUCACGUCCGCGAUGUUCGUCGAUGAGGAGGCGCAUGAUCCCUCCUCCUUGGAAGAUAAAUCCGCUCCGUUGCCGGAGCUCACUACCUCGCCGGAUCCUAAGGCCGGGUUUUCCGCGCUGUGCCGCAUUUCGUGA